CCUGACAUAGAGGACUGGAGCUAUAAAGCCAGCCUUUUCAUCCACUCCAGCUUCAGUCUUAAACAUUCCUCAACUUCAGCUGUCAGGUUAAGCGCUUCACUCUGAAAUCAUGGCCAAGGACAUGACUCUGCUGUGGGGCUCCGGAUCUCCUCCCUGCUGGAGGAUAAUGAUCGCUCUGGAGGAGAAGAACCUGCAAGGAUACAACCAAAAACUGCUCUCCUUUGAGAAGGGGGAGCACAAGUCAAAGGAAGUCAUGGACAUUAACCCCAGGGGUCAGCUUCCUGCCUUCAAAUGUGGGGACAAAAUCAUCAAUGAGUCAUGCGGUGCAUGCUUCUUCCUAGAGUCCAAGUACAAGUCACAGGGAACCAAGCUGAUCCCUGACUGCGAUGCGGAACAAGCAUUGAUGUUCCAGCGUGUGUUUGAGGUUAACACAUUCGGAGACAAAAUGGCAAAUGUUAUCUACUACAACUGGAAGGUCCCAGAGGGAGAGAGACACGAAUCUGCCAUUAAGAGAAACAAAGAAGCUUUGACCGCUGAGGUCAAGCUUUGGGAGGGAUACCUGCAGAAGACAUCAAGUGGUUUCCUGGCAGGAAAGAACUUUUCCCUGGCCGACGUGAUUGUUUUUCCAGCCAUUGCUUAUCUCUACCGCCAUGGGCUUUCUGAAGAGCGGUACCCAAAACUGACAGAAUACUAUAAAAAUCUGAUGAACAGACCCAGCAUCAAAGCCACCUGGCCUCCUACUUGGAAGGAGACACCAGGACAGGACAUACUUAAAGACAUCUGAGAUUCAGAUGCUCUUUGGUUAACCAGCUAACGUUUCAUAUUUUUUAACAUCAUUUGUUUCUGAAACUGUCUGAUUCUCAUUGUGAUGUGAACAAAAAGCAAUAAAAAAAGUUUCAGUUUUGUCUGCUUUA